AUGGCCUGCAUUGGAGCUCUAGCCGAUGCUAUUGUGACUGCGUUCUCGGAUGCGUGGCUUGCCCACUCGACUGAGUCCAAACCUAUCAAGCGCUCCAAGUCCUGGUGGACAGAUGAGUGCUCAGAGACCUUCAGAGUAUAUCAGCUGAGCUGCUUGCUCACUGAUUACAACAAGUUUAAGAAGGCAUGUAAGGACACCAAGCAUGAUUUCUUCAAUGAGCACAUCGCAGAGAUCACUACUUCUUGCAAGCGCCCGUGGGACCUGAUGGAAUGGGUCAAACAGCACAAGCUACCACCCUGUGAGGCUAUUCACAACGGCAACCAGCCUUGCCAUGAUAUGGACAACCUCUGGGACGUCCUGCACGGCAUGUACAACUCAGCCUUGGGUCGUGAGUACGAUGCCUCAGUCUUAGAUGAGCUUCCCAAUGAGCCAGUCUGUGAGUGGGCUGACUUCUCAGAGCAUGAGUUGUUGAGUGAUCCCCAUGCACCGCUUUCACGAGGUGGGUUGCCCUCUGGGGAGUUUUGGCGUUUGAGCCCAAAGGGUCUUGGUUGGGGGGGUGAUCAUCUUUGA